AUGAAUAUCCACCGUGUUCUGUUCUUCUGCUUCUUCUCAGCACCGCUGGCUGGAAACUUUGGUUUUAUCCGAACAUAUACUGAAGGAGAAAACGUCACACGUGGAUGCAGCGUAACAAACUACAGAAGGCAGACGUUCUUCUGUAAGAACGAAUGUAAAAAACAAGAGGACAUCCUCAUUGAAACAGAUGAGAACAGAACUCAGAGUGGCAGAUACAGCAUUGAAUAUGAAGAAGGAUCUGCAUUUGGACUGUAUGUGAGCGUCACACAGGUGACCAAGUCAGACACAGGACAGUACAGGUGUGGUUACGGCAGAGCUCUGUCUCCAGAUUCAUACCACAGGAUUAAAUUCAUGGUCAUAGAUGCACUGUGUGGUGGAAACACUGGGCUCGUCAGCGCACAAUUCAACAUUUAUACAGGAGCUGAGGGAGGAACUGGUACAAUUAAUUGCUACUUCACUCUCUCUGGAAGCAGGAAGUUCUUCUGUAAGAACGAAUGUAAAGCAGAAGAUAUUCUGGUUAAAACAGAUGAUGUCAGAGCUCAGAGUGGCAGAUACAGCAUUGAAUACAGAAACGGAUCUUCUGGAAGAGGAAUUGUGUCUGUGACCAUCACAAAUCUGACCAAGUCUGACUCAGGACGGUACAGGUGUGGUCUGGGCGGGACUUCGGUUCCAGAAUCAUUCAGGGACUUAGAGGUCAGAGUUUCAGAUGUGCCACUGGCUGGAUUUUCUGGUUUUAUCCGUACAAAUACUGAAGGAGAAGAUGUCACACUUGGAUGCAGCGAUACUAUUUACGGAACAUGGAAGUUCUUCUGUAAGGGCGAAUGUAAAAAACAAGAGGACAUUAUCAUUGAAACAGAUGGGAACAGAACUCAGAGUGGCAGAUACAGCAUAAAGUAUGAAGCAGGAUCUGCAUUUGGACUGUAUGUGAGCAUCACACAGGUGACCAAGUCAGACACAGGACAGUACAGGUGUGGUUACGGCAGAGCUCUGUCUCCAGAUUCAUACAGCAGGAUUCCACUCAUUGUCAUAGAUGCUUUUUCAGUCCCUGAAGCCACUAACCAGCUGACAGGUUACUUCUUGCCUCUGGUUGUGUGCCUGCCCUUGGUUUUUGUGCUGUUGGCUGUUUUUCUGCUGGUCAUCUACAAAUGGAAGACAAGGAGGAAUAGUGGUUUGAACAACACAGGAAAUGCAAGCAGCAUGAAGACAGAGUCUGUCACCAUUGAGGACUUACCUCCAGUCUCUACAAGUGAAGACCACACCUACCAGAGCCUCGAACCAGGGAUCAGGUCCAACUACUCGACUCUACAUUUUAAGGAACACAAAAUCUGCAGUGAGUGAUUGGCAGCAACUGCUCCAAAUUCCCAAUCAGUACUUGGAGAAGGACAUGAAGAGUGCUGCCAAUUGGUUGG